AGGUACGUUUCCUCGACGCCCCGCCCCCACCUGUCAGGAGGCGGCCGCCCCUCACCUGGCUCACCUUCCCGCCGCCUCGCCGCCACAGCACGGCGGCACACUUCUCCGGAGCCCCUCGGUCCACCGCACCCCGACAUGGAACCGGCGUACCGGGGUCUGGGUCGCUGCGUCUGUUGCUUCUGGCUCGCCGUGGCCUUCGACGUGGUCGGUCUGCUGGUGUUGCUCGUCGGCGUGUUCGUCAACGUCUUCUUCUACGACCUGCUCAUCUACGCCGGCGCCAUUGUCAUCUUCCUCAGCCUCGUCUGGUGGGUCUUCUGGUACUCGGGCAACAUCGAGGUGCUCGCCGCAGAGCUGGAGGACGACGUGGGGCUGAAGAAGAAGGACAAGGAGGCUCUGGGCGGCAUCACUGGGUCGGUGCGGCGGCUUUCCAGUCGGGUCUCCACCGGCAUCAGGAACUCCUUGCGCGGGAAUAGAGGACCGGGCCGGUCGGGUCCCGCCGUGGCCUCCGAGCCGGUGGUCAUCACCAUGGCAACCUUAAGGCCCAAUGAGCGCUCUUCGGAGACGAUGGGGUGUGAUGACGUAGGAAUGCCGUACACCUCCACUGAGACCUCACCUGCAUAAUGGAGGCCGACAGGGCCUUUAGGGGACGACGUGGGAGAGUUCAUGGUUCGAUCCCCACCUUCUAUCAACCUCGUCAUGUCUGUUGUGUCCUUGAGCAAGACACUGCACCCUUCCUCCUGAUGGGUCGUGGUUAAGGCCUCGCUUGGCAGCUCCCGCCAUCAGUGUGUGAAUGUGUGUGUGAAUGGGUGAAUGUGGAAAUAGUGUCAAGGCGCUUUGAGUACCUUGAAGGUAGAAAAGCGCUAUACAAGUAUAACCCAUUUACCAUUUUUUUUUACCUUAUUACACAACAACCCUAACCAAAUAACUCUAAAUUAAGUCUUUGUUGCUUGCAAUAUGUUCC